AUGCAACCGGAUUUCCUGUACCCUUGUUUUUCUUUUCUUUUCUUAUAAUCGCAUGAUAGAAAGAGGAAAAGGGAAUUGUGAAUUGAGAGAGAGCGAUGGGUUGGAAGUUGUGGUGGUGGUGGUGGUGGUUGACAGCGGCGGCGGUUGAAGUGGCGGCUGAGUCUGCGCAUCACCACCUGGUUACUCGUAUUGGCUUUGGAUCAUGCGCCAACCAGGGAGCUCCUCAGCCCAUCUGGAAUGCAAUAAUCGAUUUUGAUCCCCAAGUUUUCAUUUGGCUUGGUGAUAACAUCUAUGGAGACAUUAGGCGUCCUUUUAAAAUAUUUGGAAAGGAAAGAACAAUUGGUCCAUGGAGGAAUUCCCCUAGAUUUAUUCCUUCUUCUGAGCAAGAAAUGAAGUCCAGAUAUGGGAAAGCCAAGUCUAACCCUGGCUAUUCUCGUCUUCGAAAGAAUACUAAGGUAAUUGGCACAUGGGAUGACCACGAUUAUGGACUAAAUGAUGCAGGAAAGGAAUUUAGCAGGAAAGUAACUAAUCAAAGGCUUCUCCUUGAUUUCUUGGGUGAACCUCAAGAUAGUCCAAGGCGUAAGCAAGACGGAGUUUAUGCAUCUUAUACACUUGGACCCAUUGGUAGACUAGUAAAGGUUAUACUAUUAGAUACUAGAUAUCAUAGAGACCCAUUACGUAGUGAUGGAACUAUUUUGGGGAGUUCACAGUGGGAAUGGUUAGAAAAGGAGCUGAACAGUUCUCCAACAUCAGUUACCAUUAUUGGAUCUUCUAUACAGGUAAUAUCAAAUCUUUCGGCAACCACUGGGCCAUUGUUUUACAUGGAAUCUUGGGGACGUUUUCCAAAGGAGAGAGAUCGGCUAUUUAAAUUGAUAGAAGAUAGUAAGAGGGAUGGAACGUUUUUCAUAAGUGGAGAUGUUCACUUUGGAGAAAUUACACGUUAUGAUUGCGCAACUGGGUAUCCAUUGUAUGAUGUUACUGCAAGUGGUAUUACCCAAGCAGUUGAGAAGGUAGUCCCACAGCCGUUGCACUUGUUAGUGAGAUUUUUGGCAUGGUUAACUCCUACCACUAUGAGAGUCAUGGACCACAACUGCAGAUAUAGGUCGUGCACAUAUGGUCUGCCUAAUUUUGGAGCAGUUGAGAUAGACUGGAAUGCAACUCCUGUGACAUUGAAAAUUGAAGUGAGGGAUGUGAACGGAAAUCCAGUGGUAGGUGUAGCCACAUCGCUAUUGGAAUUGCAGGCAGGAAAUUUCAACUCUUCGAUCACCAAGAAAACAAGAGAGCAUCAAAGGCACUGCUCUCUGGAAGUCAGUCUACCAUGGAUUGUCAGAUACCGCCUGGCUAUUUUAGCUUCUUGUGCUCUAGCUAUUUUGGUAAUUGCUUUGAUAGGAGGAGUUUGGGCUGCCAUUUUAGCGUGCAGAAGAUGCGGCCGCGGCCUCAAAAGGAAGUGUGAUUGAGCGUGUUGGUAAUGGAUGGUACUAGUUGAGUUCACUGGAGUUAUUAUCAUUGUCAUGGUAGGGGUUGCUUUUUCACCCGAUAGUGAGUUUGGGGAAGUAUUAUUCUUGUUAGAUGUGAAAUGCCGGGUUCACAAUUGGAUGUUAUACCGUUCAAAUUAUAGUUAUAGGGUUGUUAGGAGUGAUGAAGAUGUAAAAUCACAAAGGACUAUGCAACAAAGGAUUGGUUUUUUGGCAACAACGAGCACUUGUUUCAUUCUGUCUUGUAAUCCUUCCAUUUUGAAUAGAACGAAAGGCAAAUUGAACAAAUAUAA